AAGCCCGCCCCUCCGUCCCGCCGGCCGCCGCCCGCCUUCGUCGGCCGCAGAGCCCGCGAGUCCCGUCCGCCGCCCUCCGUCCAGCCAUGGCCGCGCGCCUGCUCCUCCGCUCCCUGCGCGCCCUGGGCGCUCGCUCCGCGCCCCCCGCCCGGUGUUCUCAUUCUGGAGCAGAGGCUCGGCUGGAAACUCCUUCUGCUAAAAAAUUAACUGAUAUCGGAAUCAGAAGAAUCUUUUCCUCGGAGCACGACAUUUUUCGGGAGAGCGUAAGGAAAUUUUUUCAAGAAGAAGUGGUUCCGUACCACACAGAAUGGGAGAAAGCUGGAGAAGUGAGUAGAGAGGUCUGGGAAAAAGCUGGCAAGCAAGGACUACUUGGCAUCAACAUUGCCGAGAAACAUGGCGGCAUUGGCGGGGACUUGUUCUCGACCGCAGUCACGUGGGAAGAGCAGGCAUACUCAAAUUGCACAGGCCCUGGCUUCAGCCUUCACUCGGACAUCGUCAUGCCCUACAUUGCACAUUAUGGCACCAAAGAGCAGAUUGAGCGUUUCCUCCCCCAGAUGACCGCAGGCAAGUGUAUCGGUGCCAUAGCAAUGACAGAGCCUGGUGCCGGAAGUGACUUACAAGGAGUAAGAACAAAUGCCAAAAAAUCUGGGAGUGAUUGGAUUCUCAAUGGAAGCAAGGUCUUCAUCACUAAUGGCUGGUUAAGUGACCUUGUGAUCGUGGUGGCUGUUACCAACCGUGAGGCUCGCUCGCCUGCCCAUGGCAUUAGCCUCUUUCUGGUGGAAAAUGGAAUGAAAGGAUUUAUCAAGGGCCGGAAGCUACAGAAGAUGGGAAUGAAAGCCCAGGACACGGCAGAACUAUUCUUUGAAGAUGUCCGAUUGCCAGCUAGUGCCCUGCUAGGGGAAGAGAAUAAAGGCUUCUACUACCUCAUGCAAGAGCUCCCACAGGAAAGGCUGCUAAUUGCUGAUUUAGCAAUCUCUGCCUGUGAGUUCAUGUUUGAAGAGACCAGGAACUACGUGAAGCAAAGAAAAGCUUUUGGGAAAACAGUCGCACACAUCCAGACUGUGCAGCAUAAACUAGCAGAAUUGAAAACAAACAUUUGUGUAACUAGAGCCUUUGUGGACAGCUGUCUGCAGUUGCACGAAACAAAGCGUCUGGACUCUGCCUCAGCUUCCAUGGCAAAAUAUUGGGCGUCUGAAUUACAAAACAGCAUAGCUUAUGAAUGUGUACAACUCCACGGAGGCUGGGGAUACAUGUGGGAGUACCCGAUUGCAAAGGCUUAUGUGGAUGCUCGGGUUCAGCCCAUCUACGGUGGUACCAACGAAAUAAUGAAAGAGCUGAUUGCAAGACAGAUCGUCAGUGACAGCUAGACAUCUGCCUGCAUCCUGGAAUCCUAUUACCUACAGCUAAUCUGGAUUCAAAUCUACUUGAGAUAAAGUAUAACCUGCAAAGGGGGGAAAGAGUAAAGCUGUUUUUAUGUAUGAUUGCUACAGAGAAAGAAAUAAAAUAUAAAGUUAACACAGGGGAAAGAAAAAUUUUUGAAUACAGGAGGAGUGUAAAGUGAAAGGUUUAACCUUUUUUAAAUAUAUAUACAGAGAAUGUUGAAAAUUUUCUAACUCGAGCCUUAAUGUCUUGUCUUUCAAAAUCUGAAGAGCAUGGAUUGCUUUAAUUCUUAAAGUUGAGACAAAUAAUUUUAUAUUCUUAUAACACUAAUAAUAUAGACUUUGGAAAGGAAAAAUAAUUAUAAAUUCCAUAAAGUCAUUUCAGCUACAUUUUGCUCCAAAUUCCCUAGAACAUUGGUUUUUACUAUACUACCACCAAUCCCGUGUUUUUAAGUAAUGAAUAGAAAACCCUUUCUUCGGAAAAAAUGGACUGUACUGUAUAUAAUACACAUAGAGGCUGUUACGUAUCAGUUAAAAAUAAAGUAGGACUUAAAAAUAAAAAA